AUGGGUCACGAAAAUUUGUCAAACCUCCAAACAGAGGGUUUGAACCCUCUAACGGUUCAUAUCGACCAAAUAUCAACCUUGGAGAUGUGCACUCUGAUUAAUUCCAACGACCAGAAGGUCCCAGAGAGUGUUGUUCCUUGUCUGUCAGAAAUCGCCGGAGCGAUCGAUGCUUUGACGCCGCGCGUCUCUCGAGGUGGCCGAGUCAUCUAUGUAGGCGCUGGAACUAGUGGAAGACUCGGAAUUCUGGACGCAUCGGAAAUCCCUCCGACUUUCGCAGCCCCUCGCUCCCAGUUCAUCGGGCUGAUUGCCGGUGGCGACGAAGCAAUCAGACAGGCCCAGGAGGGUGCCGAAGAUGAUGAGCUUGCUGGAGAACAUGCCAUGCGUGCGUUGAAUCUGAAACCUGGACUCGACAGCAUUAUUGGAAUUGCAAGCUCUGGUCGGACACCCUACGUGCUUGGUUGCCUUGCUUUUGCCAAAAAUCUCGGGUGUGUGACGAUUGGAGUCGUGUGCACCAGCCCAUCGGCAAUAAGUCUUUCGGGGAAUGCUGAUUUCGUGAUUGCGCCAUUGCCAGGACCCGAAGUGGUGACGGGUAGCACCAGACUGAAAGCCGGCACGGCGACUAAGCUCGUUCUGAAUAUGCUUAGCACUGAACGCAUGGUUUACCUCGCUAACAUGUCCCCGGGGAAGAUGGUCGACAUGGUGGCAUCCAAUUUGAAACUCAGGCAUCGAUCGCGUAACAUGUUGCGGAGUUUGAGUGUGCAGUGCCGUUCGGCGUCAGACGAUGAACUGGACGCCCUUCUUGCCAGAUGCAAUCGCAAUGUCAAGUUGGCUAUAUUGGUCGCCGAAUCACAAGAAUCAGUCGAGGUCUGCGAGGGACAUCUUCACUCUGCCGGUGGAUUCUUGACCAAGGCACUAGCUGCCGUCCAUAGACCGAACAAGGAGACUGUGGGAGAAACAGCUACGUCACGGCAAUUCUCCUUGUGUAUUGACGGAGGAGGCACCAAAUGCGCUGCUGCUGUGAUCGAUAGCGCAGGGGCUAUAUACCGAGGCUCUGCUGGACCUUGCAAUCUAACUGACUGCUCUGGGGAUAUUGAUGGCGUGAUUUCUACGAUACUCGAGGCAACCAAGUCGGCAGUCGCCGAUCAAACAAUGACUGGCGCAGACCGAACGGAGCCAUGGCGAGAGUAUCUAAAGACAUGCUUUAGCUCUAUUUGGGUUGGACUCGCGGGAUUGGACCGCGCUGGAUUUCAGAGCUUGCUCAGACCUAAGCUGGCAGAGGCUUUUGGAAUCGUUGAUCCAGAGAACGUUCGAGUGACGAGUGAUGUUGACCUGCUGGCUGCAGCUGUGCCCUUGUGUCAUGAACAAUGCUCUGCCUUGAUCGUGAUUGCAGGCACAGGGAGUAUUGCCAUGCGAUACAAGUGGGUCUCAAGCCAGCGAGAGCACGUUCGCGUCGCUCGGUCUGGUGGAUGGGGCCACAUUCUCGGAGAUGAGGGAGGUGGUUAUGCAAUUGGCCUCAAAGCGAUUCAACACACCUUAAGUAUUAUUGAGGGUCUCGCCUUAGGGCUUGUCAAAAGCAGUAAUGACGAGCUAGCAAUGGCUGUAUCUACCAAGCUCGGUUGUGACCUCAGCUCAACUGCUGGCAUGGAUAUCCUGAACGACCUACUAGCUCGGGGGUGUACACAAAGCGCCAAAAGGCGCAUCACUGGCGUUGCUGAAGCUGUUCUCGGUCUGAUGAAGAAUUGCCAGACUGCAGCAGACAUUGUCAGGGCACAGAUUGCCAAGCUAGUCGGUGAUACUCUGAAAAAAUUGGUAAAUCCCAAAUCUCUGGGAUACCAACCGACGGAACACUCCGUUCUGAUCUUGGCCGGGGGGCUUUUGAACAAUAAAAGGUAUAGAGCGGUGUUUGAAGACCAACUCAAUUACCACCGGCUGUACUUUCGGGGAACAGUACUGGUCGAUGAUGCUGCAGCUUUGGGUGCGGAAUCUCUCAGGCGCUGUAUAGAAUGA